AGACCCCUCCAUCGCCAUUGUUAUGUUUGAUUUCACUGAGAAAAGCCAUGCGCGCAAGAGUACGACCCUAUGACUAAAAAUAACUUGACAGCUCAUCUCAAAUGGCUGUUGCAGAAAGGUCCUGCACUCUACCCUGCUCUGGUUUCGCCCGAGCACGAGUAUCAAAACAUUACCACUAGUGACCGCAGCGCGGCUCUUCCAAGUCCCCCAGUCACGACACUACCCACGUCAACAGCCCAAAUAGAGGACCCCAUAGCGAUUGAUGACUUGCAACCUGUUCGCAGUGCGGAACUCAAAACUAGUCACAGCGAUGAGGUGGGUAUAGACUCCGAUGAGGAAGAGAUGGCACGCCUGGUACUUACUCCGGGGUCUGGGCGCAAACCGCGGAUGCUUUGCCUCUCGAAGGAUACUCCUAGCAAGGCCCUCAAGGCGUCAAAAAAUCGCCUCGCUUCAGAGACGCCGGUUAAAGAGCCUGACACCGCGAGCAAGGCAAUAAAAGUGUCGCAGAGUGUUCCUCCAUCCUCUGUCCGCAGUCCCAAGAAGACGUCCGUGACGCCCUUCCACACGAAAGAGAAGUUUGAACUUCAGUCGCCGUUUUCCGAUUUCAACGUAGACACGAUUGACUUGACUGGGGAUCUCGACCCAACCGCCUUUUCGUCAAGUACCACAGAUGAGUUCGGGGAAUCUCAACAAUUAUGGACAGCCGAAGCUGCGACUCGAAAAGGCUCGCCAGAGAAGCGUGGAAAGAAGAGGAAAAGUGAUGAUUAUAUGUCUGAUCUUCUGUCGCCGAAAAAAUCCACCCCUAAAGCGCGCUCGCCGUUGAAACUUGCUCGAACUGCGGAUCAUCCUCAGCCUGCUCCGCCCCCGUCUUCGCGGAGGCGAUUGCUCCAAACUGAUGCGGAUGCUCCAGAGCCUAUACCUUCUCGGGUCCCGAGCCAAAUAGUUGCCGAUUCUGAAGAAGAAGCCGACGACAACUGUUUCGAAGACUGGGAACCCAAAAAUGGCCUGGGGCUGGACACUGAUAAGUCUCUAUACCCAAUAUUGCCAGAGGUCGACGCCCUGGAUAAUGAUGCGCCUAGAAGUAUGACUUCCAAGUCAAUGCAUUCUCCAUCCAUAUCUGGGCUGUCAGAGGCCGUCCCUUCAGUAUCACGAACUUCGUCCAGCUCGCAGCAGCCGUCUCACGUAUCUGCAACUGUGGAUUCAUCCCAAUCCGUCACUCUUGACAAGGAUGUAGCAAGAUUCUUGUCUUUAUCUGCAGCUUCAAUCGAAGGAUUGAUUGCGACGUUCAAAGAUACACUUACGAGGAACUCUGAGAUUGUGUAUGAGCGAGCAAUGAAGGGAGAGCCGGCACCAGAGCUAAUUGUUGAGAACAAAUCUCUCACUGAGAAGAUCGGGGCCAUUGAGAUGUUGAAACAGAACAGGGCCGCCUAUUUCUCGUGCGAUACCAAGAGACAAAUACUCAAAAAGACCCUGAUGCAGGUCAUUUCUCAAGGGGGCGAUCCGCAAACGAUGCCUGAACUCACAGAAAGCCGGCAAUUAACUGCACAAUUAGAGGAGAUUGGAGAAAACAUGCGAAGCGCACUUCAGCGCACCGACGUUCUAUCUUACCUGGACCAACCACACCAUGGCAGUUCUAAAAGUGGCCUCAUACAAUCAGAUGCAUUCUUGCCUGUACCUCACGUCGAUUCUUCUACCCACGCCCGACAAAGUAGCACGAAAUCAAUUCAAGAUCGCCUCCCCAAGCCUACGUCACGACCAACGUCAGACCAAAUCUAUGCGCGAUCUGAAAUCACUACGCGCGUAUCAGACCUCUCUUUCAGUAACCCUAACGCUACUUCAAGUCGCAGAAUUUUUGACUACGACGAUACGACCAUGUUGACCGACGAAGACGCAUUCACCAGAACGAUGGGAUCUCCAACUGUUGCUCCGGAGAUAAUGGAUGAAUUUGAUCUGGACGAUGAAGACAUGCUAGAAGCUGCGGACUACUUUGAGGAUCGCUCUUCAAACUCGGCGGACCGCUUCGAGCUCCAGAACCGCAAAGUCUUCGCUGAAACUUCUGGCAAUGCUCCACGUCUGCCUACGACACAAAAGCAACAAAGCCAAAACACCUUGUGGACACAGCAUCCAUGGACCAAAGAUGUGAAGGCCGCAUUGAGGGACCGCUUCGGACUCCAGGGAUUCCGUCUCAACCAACUCGAGGCAAUAGACGCAACGCUUAGCGGAAAAGAUGUGUUCGUACUUAUGCCCACAGGAGGCGGCAAGUCCUUGUGUUAUCAAUUGCCCUCUGUGGUUUCUAGCGGAAAGACAAGAGGAGUCACCAUCGUGAUAUCGCCACUGCUAAGUCUUAUGCAAGACCAAGUAUCCCACCUCAACAAGCUCAACAUAAAAGCAUACGUCCUGAAUGGUGAGACCAAGAAGGACGAGCGUCAGCGGAUCCUUAGCAUUCUUUCUGACUAUAUGCCCGAGAAAGAGAUUGAGUUGCUCUACAUUACCCCAGAGAUGAUUAACAAAAGUCAAGCCAUUAUUCGCAGCCUAGAAAGGCUCAGCAGCAAUCGUAGGCUUGCGCGUAUCGUCAUUGACGAAGCUCACUGUGUCAGUCAAUGGGGGCAUGACUUCCGUCCGGAUUAUAAAGAGCUUGGCGAACUCAGGGAUCGCCUACCUGGUGUCCCAAUGAUGGCGUUGACAGCGACAGCGACCGAGAAUGUCAAACUUGACGUCAUUCAUAAUCUGAAGAUGGAUGGUUGUGAAGUAUUGAUCCAGAGCUUCAACCGACCGAACUUGUCCUAUGAGGUGCGCAAAAAGCAAAAGGGGGGCGAACUCCUGGCCAGCGUCGCUGAUAUCAUAAACAAUUCAUACCGUCAUAAGUCAGGGAUUGUCUACUGUCUCUCGCGCAAGACGUGUGAGACUGUCGCCAGCAAACUUCGCCAAGACUUCAAAAUCAAAGCUGCACAUUAUCACGCGGGCAUGAGUUCAGAAGAUCGCGCGGAAGUCCAGCAAGCCUGGCAAGCUGGGAGAACUCACGUCAUUGUCGCAACCAUCGCUUUCGGAAUGGGUAUUGAUAAACCCGAUGUACGUUUCGUGAUUCACCACAGCAUUCCGAAGAGCUUGGAAGGCUACUAUCAGGAAACAGGACGCGCCGGUCGAGAUGGCAAGCGAUCUGGUUGCUACUUGUUCUACACCUAUAAAGACACGACAACUCUUUUCCGUAUGAUCGACGGGAGCGAUGGAAGCAAGGAACAAAAGGAUAGGCAACGCCUAAUGCUCCGCAUGGUUGUACAGUACUGCGAGAAUCAGACCGACUGCCGCCGAGUGCAAAUUCUUGGUUACUUCAACGAGAAGUUCCGUCGGCAAGACUGCAAUGCUUCCUGUGACAAUUGCAAAUCCGACUCUGUCACUGAGCUCCAUGACUUUUCACACCACGCAUCCUCGGUAAUCAAACUUGUCCGCUACUUUCAAGACUUGGACGACAAGGUCACUAUGUCAUAUUGCGAGAACAUGUUUCGGGGAUCUGUGAAGAAAUUUAGGUCGCCUCAACACCGCACCGCCCCGGGUUAUGCGGACGGUAAAGGUGUAGCGGUGGGAGAAGUUGAACGAUUGUUCUACACGCUGCUCAGAGAAGGAGCCUUGAGAGAGGACAAUGUGGUCAACGGAAGCAAAUUUGUGAUCCAAUAUCUCAAGCUUGGACCGCGUGCAAGUGACUACGAAAGCGGCCGAACUAAACUUAAGCUUGACAUUCGUGUCUCGCCGAGUGGGAGGGGCCCCCGCUCUACGCGAGUUUUUCGGACCGAUGGGGCCAAGGAGAAUGUUCCACAGUCCACGAACGUCUCCUCACCGGUUCAAGCCGCAAAUCAGCGCCGACUCGCGCGGUUUCGAUACCAGGGGGCUGGUGAUGACACCACUGACGAUGGUAGCGAUAGUGAUGGGUUCGAGAAAGUUCGGGUUGCUGGCAAAUCGCGUCCAGAUAAGAAACGACCUCCUGGCCCGCCCAUCACGCAAGAUCGCCGAUUCGAUCAGCUUGACCCUCUUCAUAAGGCGGUUGCAGAGGAUUUCAUGGUUUAUGCGAAGAAUUACUGUCAAGAUUUGGUCCUUCAGAAAGGUCUACGCAACCAACCGUUCACUGAUACUAUCUUGCGAGAGAUGGUCAUCGUCUUUCCCAAAGACCUUGCGGAACUUGCUGCAAUCCCAGGCAUUGAUCCUGACAAGGUCAUUCGCUACGGCUCUCAGCUGCUGAAACUUGUCAGGGAUACGCAGCGUCGCUAUGAAGAGUUGAAGAAAGAGCGCGAUGACGCGGAUGGCGUGGUCCCUGACCCGAAUCAUCACAAUGUUAUCUACCUCAACAGCAGUGAGGAUGAGGAUGAGUUCAGCGACGGUGGCUUCUUCGCGGAAAACGCCUCUAACUUCGACAUGGAUGAAAGUGCUGUUUCCAGUAGAUUCUUCUCAACACAGCAAAACUCUCAAAAGGGUGGCGAAGGGGCUAACAGAAGCAAACCGCGAAAAGGUCAAACAAGCAAACGUCCACGCCGCUAUAACACCGGAGCCACAGCCAAACCCAAAAAGGCAGGGGUUCGGAGGAAAGCCAGUGACCGUGCUGAUAACCAUCCCUCUGCUGCUCGAAAGCCUUCCAAGCCUAAGCAAGCAACGAGUCGGAUUGGAAUGAUGCCAGUCUGAGAUCUCUCUGUGCGUGCGUCUGAGAUAUAGCGAUUAAUGACAAAUUUAUGAUAUAUCAGCGUUGCAAUUGUGGUUUUAUUGCGAUUGUGCAUGUAUAGGCGUUGUGUUUGAGGUCUCAUGAACAUGGCAAGGAUAGUCUAAUAGGCGCAAAUGGUUCGUCACUGUUAUAGAGCUAUAUAGAGCUUGCAGGGAUGCUGCCAUUGGGAAUGAACAAAGGAGGAUAUCAUAAUGUGC